UUUCUGUCCCUUACAGUGAGCUUGGAGGAGGCACAAGUGAAAGAAGUCUUGAGCAAGAAGCAAGAAACCCUGAGGACCCUUUCCCUGCACUGCCAGGAGAAAGACACCGAGGCUCUCAGGCAGCUGGCAGUGACUGAGGAACGCAAGAAGAGGAUAACCGAGCUCAGCUCUAACAUCCAGGAAGAAAGACUCAAGAAAAGGAAGCAGAUGAUGGAGUCCAGCCAACCACUAGAGGGAAUGAUGGAGAAGCACAAGAGGGCAGACACACUGUCCCAGGAAAUGAGCAGCAGCAACAGGGAGCAGCUGCUGAUGGAGGAGAGGCGCAGUCAGGAGAAGCCUGGCAGCAUCCAGGCCCAGCUGGGCGCGUUGAGCGGGCCUGAGGGCGGGGCCGAAGCCCCAGCUGCCAGCGGUGUGGAUGCCUUCCUGCGCAGUGCCGAGGCUGCUGCGGCCGUGCAACUGCUUGAAGAAGAAAACAAGAAAACUAUAGAAUUCCUGGAGGCAGCCUCUCUCCAUUAUCGCCAGCUGCAGCAGAAAUACCAGAGGAUGAAGAAGCAGCUGGAAGCUAUUGGCCACAGAGGCAUGGGAGGGUCUCAGGAGAGAAGCCCAAAGGGGGCUGCUGGAGGGGAAAGCAGCCUUGUUACCGAGGCUGUCAUGGAGAUUCCCCCAAAAGAUCAGCAAGCCAAGCCUGGCAUUGGCCACCCCGCUGGCUCAUCCCAGAGAGAGGUUCACGGGGAAUCGGAGCGCCCGUCACCUCAGUGAGACGAAGCUUUGUCUGCACCGCGCUGGAGACCCUUU